AUGGUCAACGCUGUCUGUAUCUUAACCGGUUCUGCUGGUGUCUCUGGUUUAGUCCGUCUUACUCAAGAAUCUGAAGACGCUCCAACCACCAUUGAAUACGAAAUCACAGGUAAUACUCCAAAUGCUGAACGUGGGUUCCAUAUCCAUCAGUUUGGUGAUUUAACCAAUGGUUGUGUAACUGCUGGUCCACAUUUCAAUCCAUUUGGUAAGACCCAUGGUUCUUUGACCUCAGAAAUUAGACAUGUAGGUGAUUUAGGUAAUGUUAAGACCGAUGCUAAUGGUGUCGCUAAAGGUACCAUCGUCAACGACACUAUCAAGUUGAUGGGUCCUUAUUCUGUUGUCGGUAGAGCCUUUGUCAUUCACGCUGGUACCGAUGACGUGGGUCUAGGUGGUAACGAAGAAUCCUUAAAGACUGGUAACGCAGGUGGUAGAAACGCUUGUGGGACUAUUGGUUUAUCCGCUUAA